GAUGUUCCCUUGUUUCCUGUGUGUGUUGGUGAGGGAUUCUUUGAGGUAUCCUUUGAGCGGUAGCGUUUGCUGUGUGGUCUAAGAGAUGGCGGAAGAGAAGCCGGCCAAGGUGGAGGAAGAGGGACCCUCGGAAGCUGCUCCGCCACAUCCGGAGGCGGUGAAGGACGUGGAGGAGGAGAAGACGGCGAUCGUGCCGGCCCCGGAGGAGAAGCCCGACGACUCCAAGGCUCUCGUCGCCGUCGAAAAGGUUGAGGAUUCUUCCACAGAGAAAGGCUCUGGGUCGAAUGACAGAGAUGCUGCUCUUGCAAGGGUUGCAACAGAGAAGAGAUUGUCACUGAUCAAGGCAUGGGAGGAAAACGAAAAGGUUAAGGCAGAAAAUAAGGCUAUCAAGAAGAUAUCAUCUAUUAGUGCAUGGGAGAAGUCAAAGAAGGCAGAUGUGGAAGCCGAGCUGAAAAAGAAAGAGGAAGAACUGGAGAAAAAGAAAGCAGAAUAUGCAGAACAAGUGAAAAACAAACUUGCCUUGAUCCACAAGCAAGCAGAAGAGAAGAGGGCAAUUGCAGAGGCAAAGCGUGGUGAAGAGGCCCUGAAGGCCGAAGAGAAGGCAGCAAAAUAUCGUGCCACCGGGCUUGCUCCAAAGAAGAUUUUUGGGUUCUUUUAGGCCUGAAAGUUGACUAUCGGGUGACAGAUUGAACAUACUAUUCAGCUCUAAUCUGUUUCGUGUUUCUUGUGUUUUCUGAGUGUGUUGUGUUGAUCUUUUAGAUGCAGCUUUUUCUGGGGUGAUGUGUUGGUUGUUCAGCAGGAGAGAGGUUUGGCUGGGAAGCCGAGUGUGUAUGAUUUGUUAACUGUGAUGUAUCUGUCUAUAAUGUAAUUUACAUGAACAGAAGGAUGUUUGUUCUUACUUUUCAAUGUAAAGAUUCUUGUGUGUAUUUGAUCCAA